AAUGGCGAGCUUAAAAAAUUAAGGGUAAAAUUUGAAAAACCAAUGGCACAAUCCUCGGCGCUCACCCAAUCCCGUCGGUGACCAAACCGAAGCACGGCUCUGCUGGCGUUUUCCGACGAUCCUUAUCCUUCUCGCCGCCGGCUAAGGGUUUCAUUUCUCCUAGCGGCCACCACCGCCACGGCUUCCGCUUCCAAGAGACUGAGCCAGUGCAAUUGGAAACCAGAUGUCCCAGUUCCUAGGUUCGAAGAUAAAUAAGAGCUCUUGCCUUUUGAUCCUGUUUACGAGCACCUAAGUUCAAAAUCAGAGGUUUCCUGAUCUAAUUCUGCCCACGUUGUCAGUUGAAAGUACAUAAGGCCUCUUGCUUUUUCCUUUGGAUGCUAUUUAUAAACCCACCAGUCUCGAAAUCAGCAAUUUCCUGAUCUAGUGCUACCCUCUUUGUCGGGUAAAAAUUAUAUCCAUCUCUCAGUCGUUCAUACUUCGUAGAUGCAGAAAACCAAGGUUGUAAUAUAUAGGGACUCUUGCUUUUGCUUUUGAUGCUAUUUAUGAACACACCAGUGUCAAAGUCAGCAGUUUCCUGAUCUAGUGCUACUCUCUUUGUCAGGUUGUAAUAUAUAGGGACUCUUUCUUUUUCCCUUUUGAUGCUAUUUAUGAACACGCCAGUAUCAAAAUCAGCAAUUUCCUAAACUAGUGCUGCUCUCUUUAUAAGGUUGUAAAUAUAGGGGCUCUUGCUUUUGCCUUUGAUGCUAUUUAUGAAGCACAUGUGUCAAGAUCAGCGGUUUCCUGAUCUAGUGCUACCCUCAUUGUCAGGUUGUAAUAUAUAGGGACUCUUUCUUUUUCCCUUUUGAUGCUAUUUAUGAACACGCCAGUAUCAAAAUCAGCAAUUUCCUAAACUAGUGCUGCUCUCUUUAUAAGGUUGUAAAUAUAGGGGCUCUUGCUUUUGCCUUUGAUGCUAUUUAUGAAGCACAUGUGUCAAGAUCAGCGGUUUCCUGAUCUAGUGCUACCCUCAUUGUCAGAAUAAAAAGUUGUAAUUAAAUCAGAUUCAUGCCGGUCGCCAUGAAAAGACCCCGCGGUAGCAGUACAAUAACCCAGUCAUCCCCAGUAGCACCACCACCACCACCUCCACCGGCUUUGGCCUCUAAUGAUCAUGUUCAUCACUCUAAAAGACAAAAAAUAUUCUCAACACCAGCAGCAACCAGGUCAUCAUCAAAAAAUCUUGAUCAUCUGCCAGAGUCUUUAUUGGUUGAAAUCCUUUGUCGACUCCCUUGUUUUAAGUCCGUUUCUCAAUGCAAGCUCGUUUCCAGGCAUUGGUGCACUCUCCUGUCAGAUCAUCAUUUUAUCCGCCGUUUUCUAUGCGUCCAAAGGAGUCUUGAGAAAAAACCAAUAGGUACUGCCAUAAGCAUGAAAGGGGAGGAAUUCCCUAAUGGAGUUUCGCCAUCCUCUAGGCCCCUAGCUCAGUUGUUCAAUAGGCUUAUGAGUAUCCACGGUUUGAAACAAGAGCCAAUUGUGGUAGGUGCCUACAACGACUUAGUUUUGUGCUGCGCAAGCGAGUAUAGUCAGCGCGACUACUACAUCUGCAAUCCACAUACAGUCCAGUGGGUUCCUCUUCCUCCCCCACCUCAAGUCUACAAUUAUGUAACGGUGGGGUUCACCUGCGAUCUUCCCUACUAUGACUAUAAGAAAGAUGAUCAGCAAGGGGACAUCAUCCAGCUUAAUGCGGAGUAUAAGUACAGGGUUGUGAGAUUAAUUGAUCCUCGUGUUGAUGACGAUGACGAUGAUGAUUUACUUUCCUGCGAAAUCGAAGCGCAGGUCUUCUUUUCUGAGACCGGUGAAUGGAGGGAGUUUGUUUUAUCAUCCCCAUCAGCCUUUGCAGUAGGAGAACUGUGUAGAGAGAGUACUGGCGUUGCUUCCAACAGAAUGCUGUAUUGGCUAGGCGGUGGAGGAGAUUAUCUUAUUGGGUUGGAUCCGUUCAUGAUCGACAACAGUGAUAGUACUAGAACUCAUUAUAAAUGCUUUUUCAGUGAGUGUGGCGAGUGGGAUUCCGGUUCAAUGGAUUGCCUAGUUACGUUUGACGGGCGUCCGCGGAUGUGCGUGUACUACUCUUCUACUCGCACUCUGUCUAUUUGGGAGGUCAAUGAAGCAAAGGAAGGUGAUCAGACGGUCAUGAUCCACGGGGGAGCAGGCAGUUUGUGUGUGAAACCUUAUAACAGCGUAUACUUGGGGGAUGAAGAAAUGGUUGUGAUUAGUCCAAAUAUAGAUCAUAUUGUUGCGGUUGUUUUCGACCCGAAUAACGAGGAUUUGGUGUAUCUGGUUAUAGAUAAUACCAGAGACUGGAGCAAGAGAGACGUUAUCAGGUGCAAUACUCGUACAAGAGAGAUGUCAAAGGUGUCUACAAAUCCGACAAUCUGUUGUUGGCACCUCUUUCCAUUUGUGCUUCCGUGGUGGCCGACUCCAGUCCGUCAACUACCACAACGUGGCGAGCCCAGGCCAGACCUCUCAGCCUGAUUUGAUAAAAUAAAGAGAUGAAUGUUUGUAUCAUGUUUCUAUCCAAGACUGAUGAAUAAUAGGGUGGGAUGUCUUCUAUGUUUAGCUUUGCUCACGGUAUGUUACCUGUUUGCUAUCAUUCUGUAUAAUUUAGUGUUUUUGGUUAAGUAUGUGUACGUGUGGAUAAAGUUUUAAGAGUUUUCGGCACCUCUCAA